CAAAUGUAAAACGCAUUGUGUUAAAACCUAAACCACUUGCUCUUUGAAAGCUAAUUCUUGAUAUAAUCAAGAGAUAUCUUGGUGCGAAACAAUGGCUCUGACUGGUAAGCUUGAGAUUGAUGUAGAGAUCAAGGCUCCUCCCGAUAAGUUUCAUGAUAUGUUCUGCAACAGACCGCACCAUUCUCAACAUGCUUGCAAUGACAAGAUAAAAGGAUGUGAUUUACAUGACGGUGAUUGGGGCACUGUCGGUUCCGUUAUCUUCUGGAGUUAUGUUCGUGAUGGAAAGGCUAAGACCUUAAAAGAAGUAGUGGAAGCAAUAGACUCUGAGAAAAAUUCCAUCACCUUCAGAGUGCUUGAAGGAGAUGUAAUGAAGGAUUUCAAGAGCUAUGUAAUCACAAUUCAAGCUUCACCCAAGAGCGGGGGUGAGGGAAGUAUAGUGCACUGGACGAUGGAAUAUGAAAAGCAGCACGAAGGCAUUGCUCAUCCUGAGGAUGCGCUCCAAUUCGCAGUCGAAAUCUCCAAAGACAUCGACAGUCACCUCACCCAAGGGAAUUAAUAAUCGAUUAUGAAAUCCCAUCCCUAGUCGUGUGCUACUACUACAACAAGCAGUAUUAAUCUAAAGAAUAAAAUUGCAGCUUGCCUUUGUGUUAUAACUUGAAGAAUAUUUGUUUGUUUGGAUCGAUAUGCUGUCAAGAGUGGAGCUUUUGUGUUUGUUGGUUUUAUGUUUUAAUUGAAUGUAUCUUGUGGUUCUAUUUGCUUGAUAUAAAUAUAAAUAAAAUAAAUGUGUAUGGUU